UCAGUUCUGAUUGAAGUCAUUAACUACUUAGAUGUCAUAACUGCAUUUAAAAAAACAUAAAUAAUAAAAUAAUAUUCGCCAAGAAAUUAGAAAUAAAUUAAAAUGGCAGAAUUACGUAAAAAACACAAGACUUGGAUAAAAGAGUUUUUGACGCCGAAUUUAGUCGAAAAUCAAAAAUUAAUCACCUGCAAAAAUCCAAAAGAACAUAUUGAAAUUGAAGCAAUUGAAAUAAAAGAAAUGUCGCUCGAAGUGGCUUUUAUGCUAACGGUUUGCUAUUUUGUGAAAAUUUCCAUUAAAAUUCGAACAGAACAUGAGCAAUGUGAAGGCGAGGACGGUUACGAUGAAACCCUUUUUGAUAUUGUGGUGAAGUUUGCACCUGACGUGGAACCAGAUUUAUAUGAGAUUUGGGGCAUGCAAGAAAAGUUUGGUAAUGAAAUAACCACCUACGAGCAUAUUGCACCGAAGAUUGAAUCAUUGUCCAAAUCACCCAAGUGUUUGUAUUCACACAAUGAGCCUUCAGAUGCUGUUAUCGUCUUAUCUGACUUCUCCAAUGAUGGAUGGAAAAUGUCAAAGCUAAAGGUCAAUUUACCCCUUGAUCAUAUCAUUGUUGCUGUUAAGGAACUUGGACGCUUUCAUGGCCAAAUGUAUGCACUGAAAUUAACAGACGCGGAUGCCUUUCAGUCGAUGAAAAGCAGAUUGUUGAAUUCCCGAUUUGGCGAAGUUACCGACGAAUGGAACAUAUGUUUGGAGCUUGGUAUAAGAAGAGCGACAUAUAGUGUUCGCACAUCGAUAGAAUCACGUGAAAUCGUUCCGGAGACAUUUUUGAAACGCUUAGAGGAAGUAAUGUAUGGAGUGUACGAUUAUUUGGGCAAGCGUAAUCGGCCGAUUGAGCCCAUUGCCAUCAUUUGUCACGGUGACUAUCUGCGAAACAACAUUGCAUUCCGAUAUGAUGUCGAUGGAAAAGCGAUUGAAGCGAUGAUGUUUGAUUUUCAAACUAUGUGCUAUUCAUCUCCGAUGAUCGAUUUAACCACGUUUAUAGCAAAUUCCACGGGAUGGAAAGUACGGAAUAAACACUUUUCAGAGAUAUUUUCUGCCUAUCAUGAAUCGCUGAUCGGCAGUUUUAUACAAGCAUCAAAAUGGGAAGAAAGCAAGAUUCCAGAAUAUUUGAAAUAUGAUAAUAUGUUGAAAGAAUAUGCUUGUUAUCUACCGUUUGGACUGGGUAUAGCAUCGGCAUUUUUACAAUUUUUGCACGAUAAAGAAACGCCGAAUUUUGAACAAAAGAGCCCUAUUAAAGAAACAAUUAGAUUUGCUUUGGAUAAAGGCGGUGAUGUAGUUGAUGCCGAACUUCGAGCACUUGUGGUUGACAUUUACCAGUUACAUGAUAAAUUAGAUUUAAAUCUCGAAAAAUUAUAAACAUAACGAAAACCUAUUGAUAUGAAAUUAAUUAAAAUCAAUCAAAUAAAAGCAAUCGUUAUGCACAGAUCAACAUA